CACAACAAUAUAUAUUAUUAUGUUUUCUCGUAUGGUACCUCAUUUCGUAGAUCUCUAUUCUUCAACACCCCAAGUUUAUAUAAUUGCUCAAAAUUGUUUCCAUUAAAAUUUGAUUAUCAGUUAAUCAAAACUGUCGUGAAAGGCUAUCGUUAACGUGAAAGCAGAGAAUCUCUUGAGACUUCACUUCGGAAAGAUUCAGAUAAACCCACUUCCAUAUUCCGACUGAUUGUUCCGACAUCGAGUUUUGAAUUCCGAGGGUUGGAUCACGCGGAUCAGUUGGGACUGAUCGUCAUCAAUGUUAGGGAGAGGCUACUGGUAAAUUUGAUGUUGCGAUUGCGAGAACCGAGCUCCGCCGGAGAGGGAGUUCCGUUGGUGAGGAUUUACGAGUCUAGGGUGGAUUUUAUUGGGGGCGGCGGUGGGGUUAAGAAGCUUGCCGGGCGGAGGAGGAUUUCACUUGGAUGUGGGCCUGUUGAGGCGGCAGGUGAAUUUGCCGCUGCGGUUGCGCCACCCGAGCUCCGGGAGAUAAGAGAUCCUAAACCUUAGGAUUUACGAGCCUAGGGUGGAAUUCGAUCAGGGCGACGACGGGGCUCAAUGUGUUGGAAGAGGGAAGAUGAUUGUUCCGUCAAUUGUUCAGAAGCCAUGAACUUCGGCCCCCUACUAAUCUCAUGGCCGUGGAUUGUUGAGAAGAUGAAUUCGAUUAGUGGCGGAGCCAAAGUCCGUAGUCCCCUGGGAAUUUCAUGGCCGUGGAUUGUUGAGAAGAUGAAUUAGAUCAGCGGUGGAGCCAGUGCAGAGGCCGUGAUCCCCUUGGGAAUUUCAUGACCGUCGAGUGUUGAGAAGAUGAAUUCGAUCGGCGGCGGAGCUAGUGCAGAAGCUGCGGCCCCUGGGAAUUUUGGAAAAAUCGAUAACACUAUGUAUUUUUACAAAUAGAACAUGAAUUCGUUUGGAGUUGAUGGGGGAUACAAUAAGAAAAAUUAGGUGUUCAAGUUAUGAUUUGAACAAGAUAAGGUACUGCAAUAUAAAAAUAUAUGAAAAUAUUUGUAUUGGGAUUAAAGAGCACGCAUAAAAAUAUAAUAGGAUCAACUAGUUAUUUUGAAAUUGUAAAUAAUAAAUAAUAUAAUUGAAAUUAAUAAGCACUGUUAGAUUAGAUCAACGGUGUAGAAAAUCUGGACCAUAGUAUGCGUCAGGAGCAUACGAGUGUGACCCAUAUAUAUAUGGUUAUGUCUUCGGUGCACUCACUUUUUUGGGUGCAUUCAAUGCACUCGCUUCAUAUUUGUCAUUAUGAGCAUGCGAUUCAUGUCAAAACGAUGUUAAUCAUCACGUAUGAUACGAUGAACAAAAAACCCCAUGAAUUAGCACAAAAUUUAUUCAAGAUUUACAUUAAUUUGAAGAAAUUAUGAUUUAUAGAUUUAGGGUUAGGGUUAGGGUUCAUGAUUUGGGGUUUAGGGCAGAAGUUCAAAAUUGAAGGUUUAGGGCUUAGGCUAAUGCAUUGAUUAGUUGUGAUCUUAUAUAAUAUUAUCAUAUUACACUAAUCUUACCAAUUAAAAUAAAAAAUUGAUGUCUUAAGGCUACUUUUAGAGUUGGGUGCAUUGAAUGCACUCAUUUAUGUAAGUGAACUGAAGUAGCCAGCAUAUAUAUAUAUAUAUCUAGGGUUGAAAUCCGGGAUACCGCAUACCUUGAGUAAGAAAACGCUAUCCAGAACUUGAAUUGGCUAAUUUUUCGGACAUGAUACUAUACUCUAACCCUUAAAGAUCAAAAUCUAGGUACUAAUUCUCUAAAUCUUAUACCCCAAGAUUAAUUUAAUUAGAAACAAUAAUCGACGGUUAUGAUUCGUCCAAAUAUAGGCAAAAAAAUCAAUGCAACAUCUUAGGGUUUAUAGUUUAUGAUUUAGAUAAUUAGGAUCUAGGGUUCACUCAUUAAGGGUUAGGGUAUAGUAUCAUGCCCAAAAAUCCUGCUAAUUCGAGGUCUAGAUAGCGUUUUCAUACCCAAGGUAUGCGGUACCCCGGAUUUCACUCUGGGUAUCGUAGAAGGCACAUAUAUUUUUUUUAAGGGAUAAUACCACUACAACACUCGAACUAUGACAAAAAUGUUACUUGUAUCCUAUUCUUUCAGAUAUUCCAUUUAUGUCUUAAAUUAUUAUUCUGUUAGUGUCUACCGAUGUUGAUCGUUAGUUCUUAACAGAAAAUCCAAUCAGCGCUGUCGUGGCAUUCGACAUGAAAAUUUUAAUUUUAAUUCUUAAUUACUUUUCAUCUCACUUAAAAAACAUAAAAAGUAACC